GAAUGUGUGAGAAGGGGCAUGAUGGACUGAUGGACUGAUUGACUACACCACAAACAAGCACGGCUGAGCACAACACUACUGCAUCCAAGAACCUAAGAAAUCCAGUUUCCCCCCUCUUCUCUCUCUGUCCUUUAAAUACCUCUUUUAUCUUCCUUAAAGUGAACCCAAUCCUCCUCCCAUAGCUAUCAUCUCCCAUUCCUAUUCUUCCAUACCCCCUCACAAAACACACACACAACUCAACCUAGCCAACCCCCUACACUACCAACCAUGGACUUCGUCAACAAAUUCACCGGCGGCAACAACGAGAACCAGAACCAAGCCUCAUCCUCCAACCCGGAGCAGAAGCAAGAGGGCGGCGGUUUCCUCGGCGGCCUCGGCGACAAGCUCAACUCUGCCGCUGGCGGUGGUCGCGAGAGCGAGAAGAAUGAGGACCUGCUUGACAAGGGUGUCGACUUCGUGCAGGAGAAGUUCCUCGGUCAGGGUGCCCAGGAUAAUGAGUCUGCCGUCGAGCAGGCCAAGGACGAGCAGAUCUCCGAUUACAUCAGGAAGGGCUACAAGUCUACGACUGGCAGCGACUUCCCCGUUGCAGAUAAAUGAACAACACACUCCUCUUGACGACUGAGGAACCUGACCUGGAAGAUCGGUUUAUGGCUCUCAAAGGGAGGAUUAUGCGUGUAUAAGAAUGAUAUCGCAAUGAGUAAUGAAUAAUUUAUGCAAUAUGUACUCGUGUCGCCACUGUUGGCUGUGGGUAUACCCUGAUAUGUGAACCUGCUCGCAUCGCGUGUCUCCCCUCCCUAUUCAAACAUUAUGUAUAUUUAUUAUUACAACAUCUCGGGGUCAACUUUCUACCCCCGAGAAUACCGAUUAACGGCAAGGAACCCGCCUGCCUGCCUACCCGAACUUCAAUGCGCGGUGUGAUGCCACGGGCCUCCAGACCAACGCCGCGAUCUCAACCCUCUCUCGCGAGCGCCUCCACGCACGAUCUAAGCAGCGACAUCAGCGUGUCGCGCACCAGCUUCCCUC